CACAUGCAAACACACCUAAAAGAGUCAGCCGUGGUAAAACUGUAGAUCUGCAUUCCAGAAAAGACCAUCUACAUCCUGUGGGACAGAGUCAGGAACCAUGAUCAAACGCAAACUGAGCAUUAAGUGGUUUGGUAGUCUCACCAACCUCAGACGAAAGUCAGAUGCCCAAAAGGACAAAGGACCUUCUGACAUGCUGUCAGUUAAAGAGAUAUCGACUGACGACAUGGGCAUGCAUCCACAGAGCCCAAGUUAUGCCAGCUCCAGUGAAUUGUACACCCACAUGGGCACUAUGCCGCGUCACCAUAAGAAGGACAGAAGUUUAAAGAAGAACAAGUCUAAGGACAAGACAAUUCUGGGUCGGAGCCAGAGCUUGAGACCUUCGCAGGACUAUGUAGUUGAUUCACCUCUUCUAAGUGUGCUUUCUGGGAAGGGCUUGGAAGCCUUGGAAAAGCCCAUCGUGGAGGACAAGCCAGCUAUGCAGACAAGAGACAUUCAGGAUCGUGAUCUUCCUCCUCCACCAACUCUGGAUGGAUGCACAAUGGAGCAAGGAACUACAGAUAAAGAGCCCAUACUUGACUCUAUUCGACAUGUUAAUCAGCCAGCUCCACGUGUACAAUCUUCAGAUGUUUUGCCACCAAAUCUAAGUCUGACCAAAGAGUCAAAGGUUCAGCCAGUGCUGCCCAUGAAGAGACACAAAGGAGACACUUCCAUGAAAGGUGCUGAGGAGCUCCAUUCGGACAGUAACUUGAUUAACUUGCCUCUGAAGAUUGUCAGUUAUGCAGAGCAGAAGAAAGAGCAAGAGUCUAAUAUGGGAUCAGGCUGUAAGCAAGACAAUAAAGAGGAGAAGGAACCCAACAGAAAGUUGGACAUCACAGACAGCCAAGGAGAAUAUGUUGAGUUCUCCAAGGAGAAGUACCUGCUGGAGUCGCCCCCAGAGAAACUCAGAAAAGAGCUGGAGGAGGAACUCAAGCUCAGUAGCAGUGACAUGAGGAGCCACGGCUGGUACCAUGGCCAUAUCCCACGAGAGGUCUCAGAAAAUGUGGUCCAACGUAACGGCGACUUCCUAGUCCGGGACUCCUUGUCCACUGUGGGUGACUAUGUCCUGACGUGUCGCUGGCAGCAGGAAGUGAUUCACUGUCGGAUCAGUAAAGUCCUGGUGAAGAGCGGGCAGAGUAAAAUCCAGUACAUGCUAGAGCAAGAGAGCUUUGACUCUGUGCCCACACUGGUCAGUCACCACGCUGGCACGGGUCGAGUCGUGUGCCCACACACCGGCGCACAGCUACUGUGUCCGGUCAACCGAACUCUGCCGCUGAGAUACCUGGAGGCAACGUUUGCAUUAGCAGGUGGAAGACCAGGAUCUGCACAUUCACCAUCGGUCCAGAGGGGGGCCCACAUCAAGAGACGGAGCGUUACUAUGACAGAUGGACUCACAACUGAAAAGAUCAUUCCCCACAGCCCUUCUACUGUGCACCAUAAGGAUGCAAUGAGGAACUGUGCCAUGAGCAUGGAUCAGAUCCAAGAGUACCGCUGCCCUCUGUCCCCAGUGGGGGAGAGCCCCCUGUCUCCUGCCUGCAGCUCCAUCUCCCGCCACAGACAUGGCUCUGGUGGUCGUGUCCUCGCCAUAAUCCCACCCUCCCCUGUUUUGCGGCGCUCUAGCGAUCCCCAUCUCUCGCCCUCUUCCUCCAAUAACAACCUUCCCUGCACAGACAUGCCCUCUUGCACCCACUCCACCCCUGCCCACAGUUACAUCUCAGAGUGUUCAGAACCCGGGGGCAGCUACUGCGAGCUGAGACCCGGACAAACCCCCCCACCGCCCUGCAAGAGCUACGUGGAGAGGUUGAGGGUGGAGGAGGGCCAAAGCCCGGGCUCUGGAGAUCAGGACGGUCUGGAGGGCUUCAUGCUGCCCCUGGUGGAGACCAGCUCCUCUUUCAAACCUGGGAAGUACCAGUCGACUCUUCUGCCAGCCGAGAAUAAACCACUAGAGAUGAGUGUGUUGAAGAGAGUGAAGGAGCUGCUGGCGGAGGUUGAUCCCAAAACAGCUGCCAAACACAUCACUAAGGCAGACUGCACGGUUGCUAGGAUACUGGGCGUUACCAAGGAGAUGCAGAGGAUGAUGGGAGUGAGCUCGGGGCUGGAGUUGCUGACUCUUCCGCAUGGACACCAGCUGAGGCUGGAUCUACUGGAGAGGUUUUACACCAUGUCUAUAAUGAUGGCGGUGGAUUUGCUGGGCUGUACGGGGAGCACAGAGGAGAGAGCUGCCCUCCUGCAUAAAACCAUCCAACUAGCUGCUGAACUCAAGAGCAAUAUGGGCAACAUGUAUGGAUUUGCAGCGGUCAUGAGAGCCCUGGAGCUACCACAGAUCUCACGGCUGGAGCAGACAUGGAUAACGUUGCGACAGAGACACACAGAAGGGGCCAUUCUCUAUGAGAAGAAACUCAAGCCAUUCCUGAAAGCCAUGAAUGAUGGCAAAGAGACGUGUGUACUGUCCAACACAUCCUUCCCGCACGUGGUGCCAGUGUUGUCUAUGCUGGAGCGCGGUGUGGCGGCAGGGGAGGCGCUGGAGUCCUGGGAGAGUGUGGAGUCUGGGGUGGACGUGGUCAUGAGUCACUUGGAAGCAGCACGCACCAUUGCUCACCACGGAGGAUUGUAUUGCACCAACGCUGAGAGCAAAUUAAAUGAUUUCCAGGAGCGUAAGGAGGUACUGGAAAUCUUUUGUACAGAGUUUCAGAUGAGGCUAUUAUGGGGCAGUCGAGGUUCGGAAGGCGGCCAGUCCGAGCGCUACGAGAAGUUUGACAAGGUCCUCACCGCUCUUUCACACAAGCUAGAACCUAUCGUACGACACAGUGAAUUAUAGCACAAACCCUGAUCAUCCCGCGCCCACAAAUGGUAUGAUCACUCCCCACUCUGUCACUUCCACCCCCAGACCGGACUAUUAAGUUUUGGGGGGGUGAACGUACUGCAGAAAUGGAGAAUAAGACAUUGACGGAAUGAAAAGGCACAAAAGGGAACAGGCUUUAUGCGAGCAUGAUAGCGCCCCUAAAGAACACAGAUGUGAACUGCAGCAAUGAAAUGAAAUACACAUCUAAAGCCAAAAUCUCAUCUUUUCGUUGGACAGAGAAUCAACAAAAACAAUGUGAUAAAGGGUUUAAGAACUUCUUUUUCAAAAACAGAGAAUGUGAUAAAGUGCAAGUUAUUUUCUGUGAAUCAACGAUUUUGUCACCAUUAGCUUUGUGUCGAUGACGAGAGAAAGGUCAUCUCCCAUACAGGUUGUUUGCGCAGAGAGGAAACUGCACGAUUUACUGCUGGAAUUGAUUAACACACACUCACUUGUCAAAUGUCUGAAUGUAUGUUGCCAAAUCAUGAAUUUAAACAAGAUACCUGCUGGAUUUUGAUGCUGUUAUGGCUUUAUCAGUAGACAGCUACUGUGAGGAAUUGUUUGUUUAUUUUUUAACGAGUGUCUUACAUGCGUUCACAUUCACUCUCUCUGCAGGUUUUUCAGCAUCGCUCCUCUGAGCGCUUUAUUGUCUGUAUGUGUUAAAAAAGAGAGUAACAUGAUGUUUUCUUUUUCUGUAUUUCUGUUGCUCUGUUGUAGAAUGUUUUUUUAUUUUUAAAGACCCAUAAAAUUGAAUUGGAUGUCAAUUAGCUUUUAGGCUAAUUAACUCUUAAAAGUUGACUAAAUUAACUUUUGGCAAAUAUAUUUCAAAAUUACAGUCUUUCUGUUUCAGGAAAAAAUACUUAAAAUGUUAGGGAUGUCCCGAUACGAUACUGGUAUCGGAAUCGGGUCCGAUACCGCACUCUCUCAAGGUCUGUUAGAACAAAGUUUUAUGAUAUAAAAAAAAAAAAGAUUCCCCAUACGAAUGUCAUAACGUCAACAUUCAGCGCACAAAUUAAAUCACGUUAUGUCCUAGUGUGAUUUUUAACCACAAAAGUCUGUGAUUUAAUGAGAUAAAUAUAAAGUAUAGUUAAAUGUGAGCACUUGUGAGUGUGUGGAACCAGUGCUGUGUUGAUGCCGGCUACUUGUACAUGCUCAUACACCGAAAAAAAACACCAUCAUGAGCAUCACAUGCUCUGUUUGUACCCGAUGACAGUGAGCAGACCGCUAAUUUACUUUGUAGCGUGAGUCACAUACAGACUACAUAUUUAUUUAAUUAAAAAGCAGCUUUUGCAGUUUAAUAAUCACAUUGGGUCACGUAGCGACCUGAUUUUCCAGAAGUGAGAAGCUACCGCCAAAAUAAAAGCUCAAAUUAAAUGGGAAAAAUAAGACAGAAAUAAAUUACUACCGAAUAGUUAUGUAAUAUAGAAAUAUUUACUGUAAUACUACUAAUAAUAAUAAUAAAAAAAUCUAUGGUAAUUUUAUUAUAUUUAAGCAACAUCUAACAUGUUAUGCUCUGUUGUGCAGCACUUUAUUUUACAAAAAUAAACUCCAAUGUUAUAUUUUGCAUUAUGCUGUGAGGUUCUAUAUACCGGUAAAAGCCCUUAAUUUGAUAAAAAAAAAAAAAUUAUACAAUAUUAUAUUGAAAAUGAAUAGUUUGAACUAAAAAAGAAGUAUUGGUACUCGUACUAGUUCUCAAAAAAAUGGUAUCGGGACAUCCCUAAAAAGUAUUGAUGACUUUACUUUUGAUGAUCUGAUUUGCUGGAGCAUGGUCUCAACAAUGAGAAUGUCCCCUCCCCUCAAAUUAUAAAUACCACCUGCUAUCAACUCAAUAUAGCAAAUAGCAAAUCAUGGUUCACGGCUGUGAUGGAAACAAAAGGGCAUUUGGAUAUUUAAAAUAAGGUCAAGCCCUUCAAUAUGUCUUUCCCAAUUAGAAAGUAGGUCAAUACAGAAAAGAAAUCUACUUGUCAAACCAUUUCGUGGAGUCUUUAAUAUCUUUCAUCAUAGAGCAUGCUAGCCAAUAUGGCUUUCUAGUUUUUUAGACACAUAUUAUCAAUGAGAUGAGAUCACAAUGAAUGUCAGUUUGAAUGAAAUGAUUCAAGAGCCCAUGUAGACAAACUUUAUGGAGCAUUUUCUAAUCUGUGCCCUAUUCUGGAACAAAGAUACUCUGGGUUAAAGAUUUUCAAUGAACAGUCAACAUAAGCAAUCUAACGUUGUCAUGCGCCAGGUUUAGUCCAUGUUUCGAUCAUGCAUCGCAAGUUAGUAAAGUCUAACUUUGCUUUUUAAAGGAAUGUUCCUGGUUCAGUUCAACUGCACUUGUGGCAUAAUGUUGAUUUCCACAAAAACAAAUAUUUCAACCUGUCCGUACUUUUAUUGUUUUUAAAAAGAAGCAAAAAUCGUGAUUAUAGUAAGACACUCAAAAUGGAAGUGAAUGGGCCAGAGCAUAAAUGCUAAAAUACAUAUCAUUUCAAAAGUAUAGCCACAAAAUGUAAACGUUAUAUGUGUUAACAUAAAUUGAAUGUGAUAAAAUAGCUUACUUAUCUAUGUAAAGUUAUAUCCAAUAUUAUAACUUCCUUGACAACAUAACAAAACCCUGUAUUCCUGUGUUUGAAAUAACGUAACACAGAUCAGGUCAAUAAGCGAUAUUAUCACGCUAAAAUAAUGUUAAUGUGGAUAAUGUUUACGUAUUGUGGCUAUACUUUUGAAACUGUAUUUAUUUUAGCAUUUAUGGACUGGCCCCAUUUACUUCCAUUGUAAGUUUUUUAGUGAGCUUAACUUAUAUUGAACCUGGAACAUUCCUUUAAUUUUACUUUUUUGUAUUUUGUUUAAAGAACUAAGCAUUCUUAAAAAUGUUAUGGCAAUAAUAUAUAUCACAACCUGCUACAUGGAGGAUGUUUACGAGGAAAGCUUCACUAUUGCUAUUGCUCAAGCUUAGGUUUUGGGGGUUUUCAAAACCUCACCGAAAUUACGGUUUUCACUUUGGCAGAUGAUGACAUGAACUAAAAAAAUAACAUAGACUUUGUCGCCUUAGGCAUACUGUAUCUAGGGACCUGAACUUCAUAGAGACUUGUGGGUGGGCUUUUUUAACUUGAGCCAGUAUGUAACCACCUAGAAAUACAAUAAUAACCAAUCAGAACACCAUAGCAACCACAUAGCAACACCCUCGCAAUUACCCACAAAACCCUUUAAUAGUGGUGUAGACAUUUGCACUGGCAAGCACCUCUCAUUUUCUUCAGAAAAUUUAUUUUUUUCAGAAAAUUUAAUAUUUGAACAACAAAUAAAAAUGUAAGGGGUUCAAAAAAGUUCAGCUAGCAGCAAAUCAUGGCCAGGGGUGGGGCCAGAAUGUCCUGGAGAAGGUGCGCAACUGCUUAGCCCGUCCUUGCCUGGGAGGACACAGUGUUCUGCCCAGACAUAAACUUGCUGUAUGUCACUCUUUCCACCCCUUUGCCAACCCUGGCAAUAAAAUCCUGGACACGCCCCAGAUCAUGGCCACCUUCAUUAACUUGUAUUCACAGAUGCCCUUAUUGGAUUCCAGUACUGUUUUCAUGUUCUGGUAGAUUUAGCCAAACAAAACCCAAAGUCACAUAUAUAUAUAUGUAUAUAUAUGUAUAUAUACAUAUAUAUAUAUAUAUAUAUAUAUAUAUAUAUAUAUAUAUAUAUACCUCUGAAAGCAAUGUAAAUUUUCUACCCUAAUUUCUGGGUAACAACACUUACCCAUUAAGAGUAAAAGAUCUAAUGUUGCAUAUCACAUACAGGCUGCUACACAUCAAGUCAAUGCAUAUUUCCAGGGAACUUUCCGAAGGUGUUUUUCAGGUAUCUUAAUAAAGGCACAUCUGAAAGUAGAUGGUGCUGUCAUGUAUAGAAUAGCAUUUUGGGAUGAACAGCGCAUCAUAUGCAAGUCCACUUUUAGCCAGCAAAAGGCUCUGUUUAGUAAGCUUAAAAAAACAAUAAAUGGACCUUUUAAAACUUUUUUUAAUAAGGCCUACAGGUCAAAGGCUUGUAACGUGUGUUUGGUUUCUCUAUUGAAAAGUUUCUGUAAAGGUAAACGUGUGACUAUUUCAUUUUGUAAAUAGUUACCCUUCAAUGGAUGACGAUGAAGAAAGUGGACGAGGUCAUGUGACUGCAUCCUUUUAUUAUGUGCUGUACAUACUGGUAUGUCCUCUGUUUUGCACUCUUUUUUCAAAAAAUAAAAUACAUUA